UAGUAUUUUAUUUUUAUUUUUUAUGGAAGUCUUUUGUUUUCCUACUUCUACAGUUCUACUUGAAGACGGUUCCCUAAUUCGACUCGAAAACAGUUUUUGGUUUAUAAAUUGUGAUGGAUUGAAUUUUGUGAAAUAAAAACUCAUCUCUUUCAUAGUAGAACAAAGAACAAAGAAGAAAGGUCCACAGAUGUCGCCCUGUUUGAAAGGUGAUCUCUUCUGGAAUCAACAAGAGGCAGAGGACGUUAUCUUCAAUCCCAGGAAAAAAGGCAGAAUGGAUGAUGUGAAUUGGGCUGAACUGCAGGUUGAUUUGUUGGUCAAAAUCGUAGGAAACCACUUGCAUUCCGCCGUGGACAUGGUGGCGUUUUCAGGUGUGUGCCCUUCAUGGCGCAAUGCUUCCAAUUUGGCCAAUGUCAAACAAAAGUGGGCUUGUCAAAUGCCGUGGCUUAUGCUAACUGAUGGCAAUCUGGAGCUCACUGCCGACUACGAGGAUGAGCCAAUUGAUGAUGAUGAUGAUGAUGAGACAAUUGAGUCAAUUCAGGAUGAUGAUGAGACAAUUGAUGGUAAGACAAAUGAGGAUGAUGAUGAGACAAAUGAGGAUGAUGAUGAGACAAUUGAGGAUGAGACAAUUGAUGAUGACACAAUUGAGGAUGAGGAUGAGGAUGAGGAUGAUGAGACAAUUGAGGAUGAUAACUCGAAAGAAGCGAGUUCAAGUGUAGACAAUAAUGUGAGACGAAGACGAACGUUGGUGGAUUUAAGGCACAAGGAUGGGAGGAGUUACAAUGUGGAGUGUUGUCAAGGGUAUGGAAAGAGCUGUUGGGGAUCAGCUCAUGGUUGGAUAGUAACUCAUGGUCUUGAUGAUAACAUGUAUCUCUUCAACCCUCUCACAAAGGAACAACUCAAUCUCCCUCCUCGCCAUACUUAUGAAUACGGACCCUACAAAAGGACUUGUCCUCCUGAUUUCCUUCGUGCCUAUUUCAUAACUAAAGCAGUCCUACUUAAGGUACCAAUUAGUGGUGGUUUACUCGUGGUCGCAUUGCAUUCCGACGGUUGCGGUGUUGUUAUUGCCAAGCCUGGGGACACACAUUGGACGGAAAUUAGUAUUCCUAUACAGGGAUUGAAAAUGAGCCGUAGGAUUACCGAUGUCUUAUAUCUUGCUAAUCAAGGGCGAAUACUGUUGUUGAAUCAAUAUGGAGAUCUUGCAUACUUUGACCUUGAAGAUGUUCAAAAACAAGUACGAUGGUAUGAUUGUGAACUUAGUUACAUAAACCAACUCAGACACCCAUAUGGAUAUGAUUUUGUUGACCAUACUACUUACAUCGUUAAUUCUGGUAAGGAUCUUCUCAUGGUCUUAAGAAUAUUAGAUGUGGUUAAGAACUAUGCGGAUAUGGUCAGAGACGAUGAUGGUCAUGAUAUUGAUCAGUACAAGACAGUAAAUUUUAAAGUCUACAAGUUUCACUUUCAAGACAAGACUUGGGAGGAAUUGGAAGAUUUGCUAGAUGUUGCUCUUUUCGUGGGUAACAAUGCAUCCAUGUCCGUUCGUGCAACUGAUGCGGGUUGUGACCACAACUGCAUAUACUUUACCGAUGAUCAAAGAUAUUAUUAUGCCGAAACAAAAGCCGGACUCGGAGGACAUGACAUAGGUGUUUUCCGAAUGAGUGAUAAGAUCAUCCGCUCGUUAGAUGUAGGAAAUAACACUCAUUUGCGCUCUCCAUAUUGUUGUCCCUUAUGGUUUAGUCCCGCACUUUAAAUUUUUGUAUUUUUUGUUUAUUGACAUUUGAUCAGUUUUAUUCAAACUUUCGAAUUAUCAAUUAUGUUAAACUAUGAUUUUCCUUAGUAAACUACCAAUUAUGUAAAACAAAAUAAAUGGUAAUACUUCCUUUGUAGAGUA